AUGGAUCUUAAGGGCGUCAAGAUUUACGCUUCUAACUUCACUAGCAAAGUGAUUAAAGACCGCAUUGCUAAGUACAAAAUAAACCACCACGACUACGAGAUUAAAGUGAUUAACCGCCGCAUGAAUUUUGGUUCUUUGGAAGUUGAGCCCUUUGAAGUCGCUAACUCAAUCGUUGGUUCGUACUGCUACAAGUUUUUGACGCCCGACGGCGACAUUGUUUUUAUGUCUAACUUUAUCAUCGAUGACCUUGGUCAAUUUGGCAAAACUAGUUUAAACCGUAUCGCUCAGCCCAACCGCAAAAUUCUUGCGCUCAUGUUAGACGCACGCCGCUCUAAUUUUCACGGACGUUCCUCGGAGCACAAAAGCGUGGUUCCGAUCAUCGAACCCCAGUUUAGAAACGCUUCUCCUCAGGAGAGAAUUAUCGUCGGAGCUUACGACGAAGAAAUGUACGUUCUUCAAGAAGUGCUUGAGUUGUGCGUCAAGUACAACCGCCCAGUUGUUUUGUACGGAAGGACUUACCAGACUCUCUACAACUUUCUCAAAACCGAGCACCCUAACUUAUCCGAACCGCGCAUUUUAGACUACCGCACAAUUAGUAAGCACGAUAACGCGGUCGUGCUGAUCACGGGCACUUGGUCAAGACUUUACCAGCGCUUUGUUCGAAUCGCUGAGCGCGCCGAUGUUUAUCUCAAGUUAAAAAGUAACGAUCGGAUCGUUAUGAUCGCACCGCCGAUUAACGGUCUUGAAGUAGAGUACACCCAAAUGCUCGACAAAGUCACUAUGACAACGGCUAAUAUCACCGAGGUGACUUACAGCGAUUACUACUCGCUUCGUCCGGCCGAUCUUGACAUUCGCGAAACGGUGCGAGUUUUAAAACCGCAGUACUUUAUUCCGAUUUCGGCUCUUUACCGUUACUUAGUGGUUGCUAAAAAUUUAGCGGCUCAAGAAGGCAUUACCCAGGACCGAUCAAUUGUUCUCCAAAACGGCAAAGUGGUGUGA